CGCCGUGGUCUCGCAGAGGUCGCGUCCGACAACUCCCGUCUCCGCCUCUCGCUCGUCCUCCCCCACGAGACCAUCUUCAAGUCGCAGGACGUCGUCCAGGUCAACCUCGCCGCCGAGUCGGGCGACCUCGGUGUCCUCGCCAACCACGUUCCCUCGAUCGAGUCGCUCAAGCCGGGCGUCCUCGAGGUCAUCGAGGGCUCGGCCAACGAGUCCAAGAAGUGGUUCGUCUCGGGCGGCUUCGCCAACGUCCACCCUAACAACACCCUGACCAUCAACGCCGUCGAGGCGUACCCGCUCGACGCCUUCUCGCCUGAGGCCAUCCGCUCCGGUCUCGCCGAGGCGCAGCGCGUCGCCGGCGGCUCGGGCACCGAGGAGGAGAAGGCCGAGGCCCAGAUCGAGGUCCAGGUCUACGAGGCGCUGCAGAACGCGCUC